AUGUCUAAUAGCUGGUCAGAACUGUUAAAAGAAAAUGACAGGAAUGAAACUACUUGGAAACGAACUGUUGUUAUCUGUUCCCCCACUAUUGAAACUUUAAGAAGUUUUGAGAAGACAUUUUUGCCCUCAAAUUGUGGACUAAGCAACCAGAGUAUGCAUUCAAUCGGUUUUGGAUUCGAUUCUUUACGUGAUGGUAUUAUGGGUAAUACGUUAGUCAAUUGUGAGUUAUACUCUGUCCUAUUUCCGCUACAAGAGACAUCAUUAGAAUGUUUGAAAUCAUUUGUUGAUGUGAAGUCCUCUACGAUCAAAUGGUGGUUUCUACUAGAUUGGAGCCUCAAUGAUCAAAAAUUUUGGUUGGCAAAACUAAUUAAAUCUCUGGAAACAUUGAAGGCGGCAAAUGUCAACUUGACAGCUGGAUCCAUUACUAUCAGCUGUCUAAAUACUGAUCACAUCUACGCCAAACAAAAGAAUACUACUACUUGGCAUUCAAAUCAUGUUGAGUUUCUACAGCAGUCUCUCAGGUCUUUUUCAUUUUUAGAAAAAUGUUCUUUGGUGUAUUCAGAUCCUAACGAUUCUACGAGAUCUGGCACUCAGCUAUUUGGUCAAUUGAUAGCUGAUAACUAUAGGGAAAUACAAGCUGAUUUUGCUAGUGCAACCAAGAUUUUGAUUCCGUAUGGGAGCGAUACUCCAGGGCUGAUAAAGACCCUUGACGAAUCGUUCGAACCUCUACAAGUGUUAGAGCAAAUAUUCAUUACCCAAAGGUUUGAAGAGUUCAUACCAGGGGAGAAGUUAGAAGGAGAUCAAGAGAAAGAAGAAGAAGAGGAGGAUGACGAAGAUGUUCAUUACGAUAUAGAUCAUCCGUACAGUGUAGACAUUCAGCAGGAGCUAUCUAACUUGUACGAGAAAGGCAAACAACGGUUUACAAUCAACACGGUAUAA